AUGAAGGGUGAGUUCAAUGGUCUUAAAACACAGAUUUUGAGAGAAAAUCCUUAUGCCUAUUAUAUUCAUUGUUUUGCACAUCAACUUCAAUUAGCUCUUGUGGCCGUGGCAAAGGGAAAUGCUGAUGUUGCCAUUUUCUUCACAUCUUGCAAUAGCUUGGUUAAUAUUGUUGGAACAUCGUGUAGGCAACGUGAUAUGCUUAGAGAUCAACUACAAAAGAAUAUUACAGAAGCUCUUAAAAAUGAUGAUCUUCCAACAGGGCGAGGCUUAAAUCAAGAAACUUCUCUCAAGCGUGCCGGUGAUACACGUUGGAACUCACAUUAUGGUACAUUACUUAGUAUCAUUUCCAUGUUCAAAUCUGUGGUGAAAGUGCUUAAAUUGAUUAUUGAGGAUGGCUCCACUGAUAAUAUAGGUGAAGCAAAUAGGUCUUUGAGAGAAAUACAAUCUUUUGAGUUUGUAUUUCACCUAUUUUUUAUGAGAUCUUUAUUGGGAGCCACAAAUGAUUUGUCACAAGCAUUACAAAGAAAAGACCAAGAUAUUGGGAAUGCAAUGUCUUUAGUCAAAGAUUGCAAGGACACACUAAAGAUAUGA